AUGCUCUCCGGGCGCGGCGGAGAUUUUCAGUCACUGCGGUGGCAUCGCAUGGACAUCUUGAUCCUCCCAAACAAGGAGAGGAAAACUAACAACCGUGCUUCUGCCAGGCUCAAUGUGACCUUCAUUGACAAGGACGAUCAGAAACACCAUUUCAAGGUGGCCAAGGGGGACAACCUGCUUGAUAUCGCCCAGGCGAAUGAUCUAGAAAUGGAAGGUGCCUGCGGUGGAUCAUGCGCGUGCUCAACCUGCCAUGUUAUCGUGGAAGAUCCCGACAUGUACGAUAAGCUGGAAGAACCUGACGACGACGAGAAUGACAUGCUCGACCUUGCCUUUGGCUUGACGGAGACUUCGCGGCUGGGAUGCCAAGUGAAGAUGAGCCCAGAGUUGGAUGGACUCGUUUACUGGAUUUCGGACAUCCGUGACAAGCCAUCUCCGCUGAACGUGACAAAAGACUGGAACAGAUCAUGGUGGAUCUUUUUUCUUGUGUCGUAUGAUUGA